UUUCAACUACGUGAUUUAAUCAUCUGACUAUCAUAACACUAGCAGAAAGCGACAUCAGGAAACUGGGCAGAGAUGGAGCCUAGGAUGGAAAAUAGGGUAGGUUUUCUCUCCCCGCUGGAGGAGUCCAGUGCCGAGGUGAGCCGGGACAGUGGCUUCGUGUCGCAGAGUGCGAGCAGUUUAUCCAUGUUGAGCGAGGCCCUAAGCAGUGGCACCGUGUCGCAAAGCCCCAGCUUCGGCGCAGCAGUCUCGCAGAGUGCGAGCUUCAACUCCGCGGAGCCCGACCCAGACCACGACCAGGAGGAUGAGAUCCUGAGACACACUGCUCACAGUUACUCCUCUUACAUCAGAGCUACUGCUGGAGAUGAGAUCCUGUGUUUGGAGAAAAGUCUGGAGGAAAUGCUGACUAGGGUGGAUGAAUUUGUAGGAAUGCUUGACAUGAUCCGCAACGACACAUCACAGAUUGUCAACGAGAACUUACCUCAAAUGCAUAGAAAAUCAGAAGAGAUGAGACAAAUAUACAGAAAGAUUGACAAGUUGGAUGCAUUUGUGAAGAUUGUAGGUGCCAACGUGAAUGUCAUGGAGGAACAGGUCACUCAGGCAGAGAGGGAACAAGGAACCCUGCCGGGCGCCUUCAGAAAGAUGUUCCGCACCAUGAAUGUCCCAGGCUUUCUAAAUAAACCAGCCAGCCCCAGAAGGCAUCAGCAGCAUGAUCAGGAGCUUCCCCCAGUGUUCAAAACAGAUGAUUAUUUCACCCAACACCCGGGACACUGAAAGUUUGUCUAAAAUUACACCCUAUUCCUUUAUAGUAUUGACCAGGUCCCACAGGGCUCUUGUCAACAAGGGUGCCAUUUAGAAGGUAACUUGAAACAGGCCUGCAGCUCCCACACAUCACACAUGCAAUGGUCAGCCUAACUC